AAAAAAAGCGAAAUAUAGAACUGGAAACGAGCUAAUGAAUGCAUAUCAAUACCCUUACCCCCAAAGAACAGUAACAAGGAAAUGGAGAUAGAAAAUUAAUCAGAGCCACUGCUUCACAAAAGUUCAGUUGCCAGCAGUUUAAUCAACACUUUAACUUCAUUAGAAGACUUAGUUUCCCGCCUACCGUCAAUAUAUUUAUCCCGCUGGGAUUAAAAAUCCUUUUUUUUUCUCACGAGAGCUCUCUUAUUGUUCUUUCUCUGGAUUAUUACUCCCACCUUUUUUUGUUUAUCUUCAUUAGCCAUUUGAAAACGAUUUAAGUUUAGUUUUCAAUUAUGAGAGGAGGUGCUGAGUAUGCUGGCUACUUGGACAUCAAGUUACCUGCAAAGAGCCGAACAAAGCGUACUAAGGCAUGGGUUCACCGAUGGAUUGUAUUACACAAAAUAAGCGACUUGUCAGCUGGUAAGCUUCUGGCUAAACUCGACAUCUAUUUGAAUUCUGAUCAAGCCUGUCUUCCGGACACCAAACUGUCAACAAUCCUCCUUGAGAAUGUCACUGGUAUUGUUCAUACAACAAAAUCAAGGACUCAUCCACAUGCUUUUGAGAUACAAAAUAAGGACAUUUCUAUCCUUUUUUUCUCGGCAACAUCUCCUUGUGAGACAUAUCUUUGGGUAUGUCUUCUACGGGAAAUCUUCUAUUUCCAGCCAAUGGAUGAUGGUGUCAAUUCUUAUGAAGUUUGGGUCAGAGAAAAUGAAUAUUCAGUAAGUCUAGGACUUACUGGUGAUUAUUUUAUGAGAAUUACACCAAGUUCCUUAUUUUUAAAGAAGCAAUCAGGUGAUAGCGACUAUGAGUGGCCACUGUCUACUUUGAAAAGGUUCUAUGUCAAGUCCCUGGCACCAAAAGAUAAAACUAACAAUAUUCUUAUUAUUGAGAGUGGAUUGGUGACCAAUAUUGGUGAAGCAAGGUUGAUAUUUGUUUCUCCUCGAGCUGAACAAAUUCUGGCCACAAUCCGCACCAAUAUAUAUAUUGCAAUGAAACAGAAAGACAAUGAUGGUUCUGCAUCUCCAACUGUAAGAAGUAUUUCAGAUUGGGAAACAAUUUCUAAUAGAGAAUUACCAUUUAAUCAAAAUUCUAAACCAGUGAGCUUGAGACGAGGAACAUCAUAUGAUCCGAGUAUGUUUGUCACUUUGAGGAGGAAUACUCAUGAAGAAUAUCAAGGAUCCAAGAUUCAAGAUUUCUCCAUACUUGCUAAUCCUCCUCCUAAGCCUGCCAGAUCUUGGUUGUAUAUUCCUAGUUCAGCUUCUUCAGUUGUCUCUGAGACAAUAUCAUGUCCUGAUAAAGUAGUGAUGAAUUGUGAUAUCAACCGUGAAUCUUUUAACCGACAGUGUAUCUUUCGACACAGUGAUUCAGAGUUACAACCUCACUUAAAUGUCAACAUUCCGCAGCAGUUAAUAGAUGAUCACAUCAAUGCAAUUCAAGCCAAGACACCAACAGAAAUGAAAGGGUCAAUUUGCUCUAGGGACUCUGGGAUUAUGUGUGCAUCUGAAUUAGCAUGUCAAGACUCAGAAACUACUAGAGACUAUCGUUGCCAAACAUUUCGAUCAAAUUCAACAGACAGUGCCGUGUCUCUGCAGUAUGAACGUCAAAAAUCACAAACCCAAAACAAACUGUCUCUAAAUAGUCCCAUUCUAGAAAGAAGUUUAAAGUUGCCUUCAACUGCAGAUUCUGUGGAAGUUCAGUCUGUUAGUAGCAAUAUUUACUGGGAUAUUGAUGCAGCUAAUGCAUCACAGGAAAUAGUUCCCGAUCUUAAAGAGAAAAAACAGUUUCUUUCACCUAAGGCACGAUCAGAGUGGGAUCUUUCCUGUAAAAAAAUCAAAGAAGAAGAUGAAAAUGAUAAUCUGUCACAAAAGAGUAACCAUGAGUAUGAAGAGGUGAAUUAUGUAAGGGAAAGUUGGACAGAAGAGGAAGUCCAACCUCCAGCACUUCCUGAAAGACCAAAGACACUUCAGCUUAAUUUGGACAAAUUGCCACAGAAGUCCUCUGGAACUCUAAUGGAAAAGAUUCAGGAUUCAUUGCACCAAAUAUCACCAAAGAUAAAAAGAAGAAUAAAUGACAAACAACUAUUGAGAACAAAGAAUUUGAAUAGUAUUAUUAAUAAUUUCCGGAAAUUUUCUGAAGGGAAUAAAGUAAAUCCAGAAACUGGGACAAUUCUCAGAGAAUACAAGAAAGAAUUCAAACGUCGUGAUAGUGACAUCAUUGUAGAUAUUCAAAGAGAACAAACUAUAUCAGAAUGGCGUGGCAACCGCAUUCUGCAUUCAUUUUCUGCCUCAGAUGCUUCACAGUUGUUUUGGAAUGAAGAAGAGACAAAAGAAGGUGUUUUUGUUGUUGAACAAAAAAUUCCUGAGAAGGAAACAUUUCUAGCAAGAGAUCCAUUUGGUAUGCUUCCUGAGAAAAAAAUUAAGCAGUCAGAAGAUAUCGGAAAAUCACGAUGUUACAGUGAAUGCUAUGAUACAGAUUCUAAUUCUGCUUCUAGUGAUAAUGACUCAGAUUAUGAGCUCACAUUCCGUAGGCGAACAAUGUCACUAGAAAGUAAACUUGGGCAUCAGAUAAUUCGGAAGAAAGUCAAACAGUUGAAAAAUGAUAACUUUUUACGGAAAGCUCGGCCAAAUAUUGAAAAGGAUACCCUUUUGUCAUCCUCUGAUACUUAUUCCUCACAAUAUAUUGAUAUGAGUGGUAAUUCACUCUUGAAGAAUGUAGCUGACAUAGAAGUAGAAAACAGGAAAUCUUAAAAAAGAUUGAAGGAAAUAUAUUCAAAUAACAGAGUUGCUUCUAUUUAUUGCCUAACUACUGCAGCAACAACACAUAUUGGUUUCACUUGGUUAGGCACAAAAAGCUCUACAUUUUUAGUAAGGAGAAAUGAGACAUUUUAAUAUCUGUGUCUUUUGCAAGGGCACUAGCAGCCAUAAGUGAAGUGAAUUAACUUCAGCAGAGAACUGAAAUCACAUUGUGCUCUCAGCUGGUUGGUAGCUUAAUGAUUCCUUUAUGAUACUCCUUAAAAGCAAACAGAAAAUUAUAUGAUACCUAUGUCAUGAGGUAUAUAAUAUUUUAAUGGCAUAGGGAUUAUGUCUAUAUAUAAGAAACAUUGGCAUGCCAAGUAUUUCCGUGUCAAAAACAGAAUCUGAGGAAACUGAUGGUGCUCUGUGUUGGCAAAAAUUAAAAAGUGAGGUUCAUGGAUUUAGACAAGUUCAUAUAUCAUGGGGAAAAGCAUAAUAUGGUCUUUGCCUAGGAGUAAAGAAAAAAAAAUUACAACUAUAAAAUUUCGUUUUUCUUUUAGAUGAAGGUCAACUUUGACACAUCAGAUUUCUCUUCUCUCUGUGGUAUAAAAACUUACACAAAAUAAUGAUUUUCUUGUCAGUAUUACAAGUUUCUGAUAUACGAUAAACAUUAUAUCUAUGACAAAUAUCAAAUGUACAACAAAUAUUUUAAACUUGACAUGUAUUUAAAUAUUUCGAAAAAAAAUGAAAAUAUAUUUUAAAAUCUUAAAUUGUUUUUAUAAAGAACACAAAAUUAUUAAUCUUUUAAUAUUUUUAUUCUAAAGACAAUUCAGAACAUUGUAUACAAAUUGCAAUGGUUUGUUGCUGAUGAGUAUGAUAGAUAUGACUAUGAUUAUGAUGACUAAUGUUUCCUACUUUUUAGUUUGCAACCAAUUAGGUGGCUUUUGUUUAACAUGAAGCAGUAUACUGAGUAAACAAUAUCAAAUGAUAAACUAUUUUGAUUCUUAAAUAUUGAAUAUAAAUAUUAAGAUAAUUGUAUUUUAGGAAUGAAGAGAAGAAAUAAAAUCUCUGAAAAACAA